AUGACUAGUGCAAGCUAUCGUCUGGACUCCUUUCGUCCCUGGAACCCUUUUCAUGACAAACCAGAAGCCCUGAAUAUGACUGCGAAACUUUGUCGUUACCCAAGCCCCAUCUCUAUGACAGCCACUCCAACUGCUUUAUCUUAUGAUAAUCCACCAAAGGCGCAGAGUUAUGCCGACAAAGCUCGACGACAUCCUCUUCCUGCCCGCCCACCAGAAGAAGUGUGCUUGAAUGCUGAAACUAAGUUGCGGUCUCAGUCGACCACCCUGUCCGAGUUCGGAACUUCGCAGCGAACUGUCACCGUGGAGCACGGCGACCUAACUUCCUAUCCCGAGGAAACCGUCCAAACAACAGAAAUCGAAGAUACCACCGCACACAUCGAUCCUGCAAUUUUGAAUGACAACCCAGCUUCAAGUUUUGAAUUUGCCAGUGAGGCUUCACCCUGUCAGGAGCUUAAUCUUGCAAACACUACGGACAGCUCGUCUCCACAAGAUUCGACCUUCGACACUGUACUUCCUGCCCCGCAACUCAGACAACAUACCCCAGGAAGCUCUGCGACUUUGAAUAAACACACCACUUCAGUGACGAAGCGCUGUUAUAUCCGAAAGAGACUCAUAGGAAAUGGCUCUAGUCGGGUUCUCUUACGGGAAACCAGCCCUCGCAGGCGGGAGGCUCAUAGCCCCACUUUUUCCGCUUUUCGUACUCAAUUCUUCGCAAUGUCAUUGCAGGAUCGGUUGCAGUUCGUUUCCUGGUUGUUUGAGAGCGCCCUAUCUCAAUGUCUUGCUCAGCCUAGUAGCCCGGGCACCAAGUCUCUAUCAAAUUGUGGAACAGGCUGUGAUCCUAGUACAAAGUCCGGUCCUAUGCACCAAAGCUCAAUUGCCGAGAGCGUGCGUUCCUUCGAUCAGUCUCCCUACCGUGAAUUAGAGUGUGGACCGCAGCACCACAGAGAAUCACCACUGGUCGAAGACAAAGAUCAACAAGACGAUGAUCAGCUUGAGUACGAAAUCGAAGAGAUCCUCGCGCAUAGAAAAGGCGCGCAUGGUUCCGUCUCAUACCUCGUUAAGUGGAAGGGCUACGAAGAGUCUGAGGCCACUUGGGAACCAGGUGUUUCAGUGCGAGAUACGGUUGCACUAGAGAAUUAUGAGUUACAAAUGGCCAUCACCGCGGACAGAACUCAUGCAACACGUGAUUACAAUGGUAGCACCGGCCGUGCACAAGGCAGGAAUCAUUCUUAUUCCCGUCGUCCAGACUCAGUUACCAAGCAUACAUCUAUGCGCCAUGAACCUCCUACAAGGAAAGGUUUACCAUGGUCUCCGGAUGAAUUCGCCCUUCUGUUAAAGCUCAGAGUCGAAGACAAUCUCCCUUGGUCCGCAAUCUAUCGGGAAUUCUCACGGAAAUUCCCUGGUCGGACUAAGGGCUCCCUCCAAGUGUAUUGGAGCACAAAAAGAAGGGAAAUCUAA